CUUCACGUGAUUGCUUGCUCUGGUCUCAAACAGGCCUGAUGCAGCAGUUCAGUGAGAAUCUGUGUGAAGCUGGACUUCUGGAGGGUUCUGCUGAAGGUCUGCGUCUGUCGUCUCGUCUGAAUCUACACAGUCAUCAGGAGCAGCUGGUCAAAGCCAUGCUGAUCGCCGGACUCUACCCUCACCUCAUACAGGUGAAAAGAGGCACAGUGACCAAAAGAUUUCGUCCGGAGAAUCUGUCGUAUCGUACGGAAAGCAGCCCUGUGCUUCUGCACCGCUCCUCUGUCAACCGAGGAAAUCCGGAUCUGUCGAGUCGCUGGCUCACCUUCUUCUCGGCGGUCAAAUCAAGCGGUCAGGCGUUCAUCAGAGACUCUUCGGUGGUUCAUCCGCUGGCGCUGCUGCUCCUCACAGACUGUGACCUCAGCGAGAGAGGUCAAGCCCUUAAUCUCAGCACUAGUGCUCAUUUAGUGAAGUAAAACUAUAGAGAAAAAUAUUUGUUGACAAAUCAAUAACUGAGAUGAGAUACAGACAACACUGAAAUCAUUAAACACUAACUGUUACUAUAUCCAACAUUCAAUAUCAUUGAAGAAAAAAGAUGACUAAAAUGUACUUUAAAAAAUAACUUUCUACAUCUAAAAUUUCUCUAAAGGAGGUAAAAAAUGGACCUCCACAAGUUUAUGCUUGCGGUUGCCAGAUAUCAUCCAUUUAAACCCCCCACUCACUCAGAGCUUCUC